GAGGAAGGCUUGGGUUACUUUUUCACCCGCAGCGUUGCCGUGGGUGAGAAGAAACAUGGGCUGGAGGAGCAGCACAGGUGGUAUCAUGAUAAUCUUACCCGACAUGCAGCAGAAGCACUGCUGCUUUCCAAUGGGCAGGAUGGAAGCUAUCUCUUGAGGAAGAGUAAUGAAAGGGAAGAUUUGUACUCCCUCUCUGUAAGGGGAAAAGAUUCUGUGAAACACUUCCAUAUUGAACAUACAGGAACUUCAUUCAAAUUUGGAUUUAAUGAAUUUUCUAGCUUGAAGGAAUUAGUCAUGCAUUUUGCAAAUCAGCCUUUAAUUGGAAGCGAAACAGGAACCUUAAUUGUAUUGAAACAUCCCUACCCACGGAAAGUGGAAGAACCUUCCAUUUAUGAGUCUGUCCGAGUUCACACGGCGAUGCAGACGGGAAGGACAGAAAGCGAUCUUGUUCCAAAUGCUCCCUCACUUGGCACAAAAGAAGGCUAUUUGAUAAAACAAGGCAAAAUAGUCAAGAAUUGGAAGACAAGGUGGUUUACGCUUCAUAGGAAUGAACUUAAGUAUUUCAAAGACCAGACAGCCACAGAACCGAUUCGGGCACUUGACUUAACUGAAUGCUCAGCUGUACAAUUUGACUAUUCCCAGGAAAGAGUCAAUUGUUUCUGUUUAGUGUUCCCACUAAGGACAUACUACCUGUGCGCGAGAACUGGAAUAGAAGCUGAUGAAUGGAUUAAAAUACUGCGAUGGAAACUGUCACAAAUACGGAAGCAACUGGAGCAGCGUAAUGCCACCCUCAGUUCCUAG